AAUCAAAUUCAUCGGCUGAGACACUGCCUCUCGAGAAGGUAACCGCAACGCGUAUUCGGCAACGUGUGUUUAGAAUUAUUCACAACAAUGGCAUCAUCGAAGAAAAAAGUCUGCAUUGUAGGAUCAGGAAACUGGGGUUCAGCGAUUGCCAAAAUUGUGGGAAACAAUGUGUUGGCCAUGCCAGACAAGUUUGACACAGAGGUUCGUAUGUGGGUGUUUGAGGAGAAGGUGGACGGGCGGAAUCUAACGGAAAUCAUAAACAACGACCACGUCAAUGUGAAAUAUCUCCCAGGAAUUGAGCUUCCCAAGAGUGUC